AUGACAACCAAAAGGAAAAUUAUCGGCCGCCUGGUGCCCUGCCGGUGUUUUCGAGGUGAAGAAGAAGUCGUCUCAGUGCUGGAUUACUCUCACUGUGGCCUACAGCAGGUGCCAAAGGAGGUUUUUAACUUUGAACGGACGUUAGAGGAGCUUUACCUAGAUGCCAAUCAAAUUGAAGAGCUACCCAAGCAACUGUUCAACUGUCAAGCUUUACGCAAGCUGAGUAUACCAGACAACGACCUCUCCAGCCUGCCAACCACUAUUGCUAGCUUAGUUAAUCUCAAAGAACUCGAUAUCAGUAAAAAUGGAAUUCAAGAUUUUCCAGAAAAUAUUAAAUGUUGUAAGUGUUUAACAAUUAUUGAAGCCAGUGUCAAUCCGGUCUCUAAGCUGCCAGAUGGCUUCACACAGCUUCUAAAUUUGACCCAGCUCUAUCUAAAUGAUGCCUUUUUGGAGUUUCUUCCAGCUAACUUUGGAAGACUUGUCAAAUUGCGAAUUUUGGAGUUAAGAGAAAAUCACUUGAAAACUCUACCAAAGUCAAUGCACAAACUGACUCAGCUGGAGAGGCUUGAUCUGGGCAAUAAUGAGUUCUCUGAGCUGCCUGAGGUUCUCGAACAAAUACAAAAUCUAAAGGAAUUGUGGAUGGACAAUAAUUCCUUGCAAGUACUACCUGGGUCUAUAGGGAAGUUAAAACAGCUCGUGUACCUGGAUGUGUCAAAAAACAGGAUAGAGACUGUUGAUUUGGACAUCUCGGGAUGUGAAGGGCUUGAAGAUCUCCUGUUGUCAUCCAACAUGUUACAGCAACUGCCAGACUCCAUCG